CUCUCCAGGACAAAGAGCCGUUGAGAGCCAUCGCCACAGUGAACCACAGCUACUGGCUGCUUUAGACCACUCAACACCUCCUGAGCACAGUAGCAGUUGUGUUUGUGUCUCCUGGGAAACAAGGAAGGUAAAAAGUCCCAGUAUCCUGCAGCCCUCGACCCAUCUGUUCCUAUUUGGCCUCUCAAUCUCACCAUCAGUGCUGAUAGUGGUCUGUGCCAUAACGGGUCAGGAGGUCACCAUCAAGGCUACAAGCGACAAUGUUUUAGACUUUAGCUUUGCAGCAUCCACCAUCACAAGUGACACCACAGCUACCAGCGAGGACACAACUGCCCCAAUGGCGACACAAAGCAACACCUACAGCAGCACGCCAACGAAGAGCGAAGGUGGAGAAAGCACAACACAGGAUAAAGUGUCUCAAACUGCAGGGUCCACAGAGUCAACCACCAUGUCUCCUCUUUCUCCUCCUCAUUCUUCUACGUCUCCUACUCCUCCUUCUGGGCCUGUUGAAAGCAAAAAACCUACAACUGGUGCAAACAAUAAUGACAAGAUUACUGUUUCACCUACUGCUGCAGCAGGAGAAAAGACAGGCAUCAUCAUCCUAAUCGUCCUCAUCAUUGUAGUUUUUGCGUUUGGAGCUGCUUGUUUCUUUGCACGAGGGAGAGGGAGGCACCACUCCAUUGAUCUGACCUCCAGACCUGAUGAAGUUAACGUCCCUCUCAGCGCUGUAGAAGCUGAGUCACCGCCUGAUACAGAACCUGAAAAGGAUAUGCAAACCUUUCAAAGUUCAGAAAAUCCUGCCAAAGAAGAAGAAAUCAAACCUGAAGCACAAGAGGAGCAGAAAGUGGAGGCUGAUAAACCUAGUGUUGAUCCCAGUGCUGAGUCUGCUGCUCCUGCUGCGAACAGCUCAGACGACAAACCCAAGGAGGAUGUUGUUGAGAAUAAUAGUCCGGCACCUGUGGAGGCCAGCGCAGAGGAGAAAACUGAUGACGAAGGCCUUGCCUCUAACAAAACGUCAGUGGAAUCGCUGAAGGAGACAAAUGAGAACAACAGCAACAAUGUUGGCCUCUGCCACAGGGGAGAAACCCCCAAAAGCCUCAUUCUCUUGGAUGUUUGUCUCGACUCUCCUGUUUGAGGUGUUGCCGCAACCUUGCAACUGUCCUGUUCCUGGGAAACUCGAAUGAAGACGAACCUGAAAUUUCCCCGUAACAAAAAGGAUUCGAAAAUUUCACAUCACAUGGAAAACCGAGGUCCCCUUUUGGGCUGCAGCAUCCUUCUACUACAACCAUUGUCAGCAAGUUCAUAUGUUGUGCUUUCUUCUGCAAAUUUUUAUUUAAUGUUUACUCCUAUGGUGGCCAAUAGAUUUUGACUUUAACAAAUGGAAAAAGAAAAAUGCACAGUGGUUGCAAGAAAAGCCAACACCGCAAAAAAGAAAAUGUAUCUUGUUUGCUUGAUGACAUUGCCAUUUUUUAAGCUACUCUACUUGAAAAUGCUUCCUGCUAUUCAAUUCUUCAUUAAUGUUUUCAGGGCUUUUUUAUGCGGUAUCAUUUUUUUUUCAAAUUGCAUUGAAAUUAUUGGAAAAAACAAUGAUCCAGCAUUUCAUCAAAACUGAGCAUACCUGUAACAAACAGGUUUAAAUAUAAUUCAUUUUUUCGGUCAGACAUUCAACAAGUAUGUGCAUGUUAAUAUCGGACUUUAUCCUUGUCUUUUCUGUUAUUUGUUAUAAUUUAUCUUCUCUGUAUUUAUUUUUGUAGCUUUUAUCCAACUAAGCAAAAAUAAAGUUUCAACUUUCGAUUAACA